GGUCAAACGCCUCACAAUGGGUAUGGGUCUGCUGCGCGGCACCGAAGACAGUCGACCGCUUGUACACACAGCCUCAUCCUCACUCAAUUCAGGCUCAUCGCAAACUAUCUCCGAUGGUUACGUGAACGAAGCGAUCUGUGAACCGGAGAAAAUGAUUACCAACAAGUUCGGCGAUUCUUGUCGGCAAUCUUUGACCGCACUGCCAACUCACGAAGCAGCGCAUAUCGGCCUACAAGAGCACACCGAAUUCAGCUAUAAGAAGAAAUAUUUGCGAGAGACGUGCAGUGCCAACUCCAGCCCAAAGAUGUUUGCGCCCAGCGCGCCGCUUCGACUCGACAAUCUCAGCCUGGCAGAGCAACACGAGCUGAAGGGCGCUGCAUGGUUUCAAGCCGGUAUCCCGCGUGAGAUCUCGCUAGAGGUGCUGUCGCGGCAAAGUCCCGGCGCAUUUUUGGUGCGACAGAGUAGCACAAAACCCGGCUGUUUUGCAUUGUCGUUACGCGUGCCACCGCCCGCGCCCAAAGUGGCACACUACCUGAUACUGCGUACGCCGCGUGGCUAUAAAAUCAAGGGCUUCACCAAGGAGUUCUCAUCGCUGCGUGCGCUCAUCACUCACCAUUCGGUUAUGCCGGAGCUGCUGCCAGUACCCUUGACCUUGCCACGUCCCACAAAUAUGGGCGCAGGAGCGCCGGGCAGCCGGCAUGGCUCACGAGGCAGUGAAUUGGAUGGCUGUGAUGAUUUCGAUACUUAUGGAUCACUUAACGAUUUUCGCAAAAUGAUGGCCGACCUGAAUGUAUGACUUUGGAGUGACGCAGGAAAUGAGGGCAAGGAGCUGAGGGAGGCACGUAAACGUGGCGGUGCAGUAAUGGAAACAGCGACAGCAGCGGCAGCAGCAGCAACAGCAGGAACAACAGCAACAUCAGCAUUAACAAGUUGACAACAAAUAUGGUGUUUGAGGAGCUUUUGGUGUGAGCGAAGCUAAUAAAUGAUGCAGAACAGAGCGCAAUGGAAGGAUCGGUUACAAGAAAUAAAUUAGAGACGAGCAGCAUUGAAGAAACAAAUGAAGGCAAACGAGGCGGGCAGCAUAACCACCAACACAGCCUUUGCGAAGCCAGUGAAGUCCUAAGGACUCAUGUUGCAGCAAUUGCGAGAACUUACAUACAUAUAUUUUAAUUGCGCAACAAGUAUGUUAACAAGCUCAUCAAGCAAAAGCUAUCAGCAACGCAGUAACACGCAGAACCUACAACAGUGCUGUGUACAGACGGUUAAUGGCAACCUUUGGCAGUGAGAAGUGUAGCAGAGAACAACAAAAAUGCAAUAAAUAAAAUACAAGUACUAGUUAAGACAGCAAAUGUGGCUUUUGUUGCAUGCAAUGACAGUGACAAUGGCAAUGGCAAUGACACUCUUAGUCUUAGUAGCAAAUGUUAAGCUAGCGAACACCUCAGCAUCUCUCCGAUACACCAACAACAUCAAAGUCAGUAUAACCAUUGCAAAGGUGAUAUUCACACUGAACAGUUAAAAUGCUGGUUAAUUAAUUAACACUGACAAGUGAUGCAGGGACAGCAAGGAUAGCAGAAAUGGUGACAGCAACAAAAUGUACGCCGCACAAAAUUCCGACUACAGCAGUCAAGCAACAUGCGUUUGCUAUUUUGGUAAAACUAUCGACUAAAUAGUUGUACAAAACCCAAACAACUUCAUACAUCAUCGUAUACCUACUAACAUCUCCCACUCAGCACAUAGGCCAUCGAGGCUUCUUGAAAUUUCAGCAAAUGCAUGAGGUUUAGUAGCAUUGCAACAAUAGUGCUACCACCGUCGUCAACCGUAUUGCAGCGUCUGUCGUCCGGUGACUGGCUGGCAAUGGGACUUUAGUGGCUUCUGUUGAUUAAGCUCAGUUGUAAUUAUUUUAAUUGGGCAACAAAUGCAAUGAAAAUAUGCGUGUAGGUGCAUAUGUAUAUGU